AUGCAAGCUCGCAAGAUGACCAUCAGUAUGACACUCCGCUCCGGCCUCCGUCCAAAUCAAACUCGUCAAUCGCGUCAAGCUCCCAAUCACCAAGUCAACACACUCCCCUUGUCCCGUACCCCAAGCGGCUCCGGUCUUCCUCGUCCUCAAGUCGUCCGCGGCAAUCUCCCAAGGAAGUCAUCUGCCAUCAAUAUCAAGACCCACAAUCUCAACAUCAAGUCGUCAGUAUCGUCGACUCAAGGUCAGAAGAAGGAGAUGAUCAUUCCGACUUCCAUCAAGUAUGUGAACAAGAAAGGAGCUUCGUCUCCUGUUCAACCACCCCAAGUCAACGGUACUCACGUUCAAGAAGAGUUGAGCGAGGAGGAAUCCGACAGACUCCUCCAAGAGCUUUUGGGCGUCGUUCAAGUCCCCUUGCUAGACGAGAAGGUCAAGAACGAUGCCAAGGAGAAGGCCAAGGAAGAUCAUGAAGGAAAGGACAAAGGAGAAGAGAAGGAUUCUACUCGUAAGCGUCAAGGAAGACGCCAGAAGGUGUCUAAAGUCUCUACGGAAAACAGUGUGAUAGGACAGGAGCCAUCACGCAAGGAGACCAAGGUUAACAAGAAGGUACGAUCUGCAAAAGAUGGUAACGUCAAUGAUCGUACUAUCAAGUCGGAGACUAGGACCCCGGUCAAAAUCCCCAAACAAGCUUCUGUCAAGGAUAGCAAGGAAAACCAUACUUUGAACAGUUCCGAGGAUGAACAAGUCGAUGACCCAGUCAUCAAAUCCAUGAGUUCGACCCCAAUCCAACUCGCUACGGUUCUCCCCGAAAAUGAUGCUUUCACGCAUAACAAGGAACUCCACGGAAAGGAUACAUCCGAAGAUGAUAAAGAUCAAGAUCCCGUGAUCAAGUCAAUCAGUCAAACCUCAUCCCCCAUCAGACCCUCAAAAGCACCGAUCGCCAUCCCAAACAAGACGUUCAACCCGCUCGGCGCUCCGUGGUCGCCAAACGGCACCACCAGUGACUCAUUCGACACUUCCCCCUUAUCCCACAGUCUACCAACUCUUGACGUUAUGCACAAGGUCAAGCAGUCAGACAAGGUGAAGGAUGAAUCAGCAGUGUGGGAUAUGCCAGAAGUAAAUGCAGGGCCACAGGAGAAGACAUGGCAACAACUCCUCAUGGACGGCAAAAAACCCAAGAUUGAUAAAUAUGACCGUAACAAUCAACGUCCCUCUUCCACCGGUCCAUCUUCUCCUACCAAAUCAUCGAAAAGAUCCAAUUCACCUCCCAAUCUUAAGAAUCCUAACAAACCACGUCAGCCACGUCCCACUCAUUCAAGACGUCUUUCUCUUGACGAUCCAUCGGUGCGAUCCACUCCCACUUCCUUCUCUUCCCUUUCGCCUAUCCAAGCCAGAUCGGUAUUCGACACAACACUUGAUUGGUAUCCAACAAUGAACGUCAAUCGUCCUCCUCAAACCCCAUUCAGACGUCUACCCACUCAUGUCACUGGUGAACUACCCCUCAUUCCUGGUGAAUUCCCACGCAUCAACCGUUCCCCAGUCCCAACUCCCAUCGCACAGCUCACGAAAGCGGUAACUGGUUCACCUCAGAAACGUUCACAGAAGAAGACGGUAGAUAUGGGAAGGACGAGGAGUGGAAGUGGAGGUGCAGAUCCGAGCAUUGAAUAUUAUGCCGGUCCAUCAUUUCAUAAUGCUCCUGCGGCACAUACUCUCAGUCCACCCGACAUGUCUGAUUGGUAA